AAAUUGUAGUCUUUUUCCAACUUUCUUUAAACUCCAAAGAUGAGCCAGGAACAGCAACAGAAGCCUCGCGAUGAGAGAGAACAACCCAUCAGAUACAGUGACGUAUUUAACGUCUCCGGUGACCUCGCGUCGAAUCCCGUCGGGCCUCAAGACGCAGCCAUGAUGCAGUCGGCUGAGCAAACGGUGUUGGGACAGACUCAGAAGGGCGGUCCAGCUGCUGCCAUGCAAUCCGCUGCAACUCGCAACGAGAGAGCCGGUCUUGUCGGUCACCGCGGUCUUAGCGACGUUGCUGGCCAGCAAGGCGUCACCGUUACGGAGACCGAUGUCCCUGGAAGUCGCAUAAUAUCCGAAUCAGUUGCUGGACAAGUUGUUUGUCAGUACGUGGAAUCAACAGCAGUGCAACAAGCAGCAGUUGAGGUUAUCGAACAGAGUGCAAUUACUAUAGGGGAGGCACUAGAAGCUGCUGCACAAUCAGCUGGAAACAAGCCAGUGGAUCAGAGUGACGCGGCGGCAAUUAAAGAGGCCGAGGUGAGAGCGACCGGCAGUAAUGUUAUAACCCCAGGAGGGCUCGCGGCCACGGCUCAGUCUGCCGCAAAUCACAAUGCGCUAGUCGAUAGGGAGGGCGAUAAGAUUAAGCUACGCGAUGUUUUGACGGGUGCGACCUCGAAGUUGGCAGGGGACAAGGCAGCAACUCAGGAGGAUGCUGAAGGAGUAGUGAGUGCGGAGCUAAGGAACAAUCCAAUUAUGGCAACUCAGCCAGGAGGAGUGGCAGCGUCAGUGGCUGCAGCUGCUAGGCUCAACGAGAGCUUUUAAAAUGUAUGAAACUCCAAAGUUAAGGCUGAUGUAUGCAGUCAAAUAGUAUGUUUGUGUUGUGCUACUUUUUUUUUUUGAAGUGUUUAAUAAGUGUUUAAUAAUGGAAAACACUACUCCCACCUACAAAACUUAUCGACAAAAUCUACCGAUUGUUUUUAUUAUUAUUAUUUUUAUUUAAUGGUUAAGUAUUUAUUUUUUAAUAAAUUUGUGAUUUUUUUUUUAUUUUUAAAAAUAUUCAAAGUGUUUAAAAAAUGUUUGAAAAAAAAAAUUACCGUUGGAUUAGGAUUCUCGGUCCGUGGUGUAUCAUCAUCCUUUAUAAAAAAGCAUGUUCCUAGAA